AUCGUCUGGAUCAACGUGCGACUUCAAGUGGUGAAAACGGAGGGGAAUUCGUGCCCCAGUGCUUCGGUCGCUCUCUCGCUACCCUGUCGAACCACUACUGCGUUUCGCUGGGUGCGGGGCCUCUGUGGUGCUCCUGAUGCCCCCCAUGCACCAAUCAAGCGGUCCGCUAAUGACCAGUCGGGUGGACAGUGCGUGGGGAGUGCGAAGUCAGCACACCCGAUCGUCGUUUCAGGCUCUCAAUCAGCGCUGAACCUUGAGAAGGAGAAUUCUGCAGGUCCUUUAUGGAUAACGUUCCGUGUACGAAACUCAGCCCAUGUUUUGGAAGCGAUGCUGCUUGACCGUAAACUGGUGCUGCCGCUACCAGAAGAAGGCCUACCGGAAGGCUCAAAGGAGGCCGUCACCGAGCUGUUGGAGUUCGCAGAGGAGCAGCUCAAAGCGACUGAAGUAAUCGUGUCUCUCGCGAAGGAUCGCCAGGAUCGCAUGGUCAUCAUCAGGACCUUAAUGUAUCUCGGUUUCGAAGCUCUGGCACCAGACAGCCCCUUGCUUCCGCCGGAAACUGUGGAUCCCAAUCAUUACUUCAUGUGCUAUUCGAUUUAAAACCACCCUCCUAUCAUUUGUCCGCUAGGCGUCAUGUAGCCGCUCCAUUCAACACUUGUAUUCGACAAGGAUGAAAUUCAAUUCCCCGACGAUGCUUCCUUUGUGCGACUCUGAAUGCUUCAUAACUGCAAGAGAGCUUGAAAAUCUCAUCCACUCUUAACCGGAACAGAAUCUGUACACGGAAUAUCUCCCUCAAUCUAAUAUCCUAUUGGAGUGAUAUGUUUGUAGUGCAGAUAGACGACAUAUCUUCAAUAACGACGACGACGACUCUGCAAGCACCAUGGAACAGUUGGUUUCAUGACACCCGACAUGAUCUUAAGUCGACCGACUUGAAAAGUUGAUCAUCUUUUUCCUUACUUCGUUGCUUACACUUUAUAAUAUCAGAGAGAAAAUAAAGAUCCAACCGUAUUAAAGAAA